CAGGCUUCCAUGUGACAUUCCCCAGAUUUACUCUUAGGUGCUGGCGAUAUAGAUAUAAAUACCAUCCACAACUUGGCCGGACUCAAUUUGCUCCCUCCCAUCGAAUUGAGGUGAUUUCUUAAGCACGUAUUAUCUACGUAGCCUCAUACGACGACCAAUACCAACGAUAGCGACGAGUAGUCCUACCAACUCAACUACCCCACCGAGUACCCAUAACACACAUAGAAAGAGAUAUCAUCCAAGGGGACCAGAACCUGCAUCAUUGCACCAAGUGAACUCCGACCAUCGUCAUGUCUGAAGCCCAACCCCUCCCCAAAAACAUCGGCGUCGUCCUCUUCCCCGGCUUCCAACUCCUCGAUGCCGCCGGACCCCUCGACGCCCUAAACAUCCUCUCCCUAACCCACCCGCUCAAUCUCUCCAUCCUCGCCCACGACCUCUCCCCUGUCUCCACCCGCCACCACCUGCACCAAGCGGCCGGCUCAAACUGCCAGCAAUCCAUCGUCCCCACGCACACCUUCGCCAACGCGCCAGACGACAUCGAGGUGCUCAUCAUCCCCGGCGGAACCGGAUCGAGGAAGGAGGAGAACCUCGACGGGGUAAUCGAGUUCUUGCAGAAGAGGUGGGGUAGUGGCGGCGAAGAGAAGAAGGGUGCGUUGAGGUGGAUCUUGACGGUCUGUACCGGGAGUGCGAUUUUGGCAAAGAGUGGUGUGCUGGAUGGUAGGCGGGCCACGAGUAAUAAGAAGGCUUUUUCUUGGGUCCGCGAGCAGAAUGAGAAGGUGGAAUGGGUUCCUAAGGCGCGAUGGGUCAAGGACGGCGACAUUUGGACGAGCUCCGGCAUCGCGGCGGGCAUCGAUAUGAUUUACGCUUGGUUGGAGGAGGUGUUUGGCAAGGAGACGGCGGAUCUGCUGGCAGAUGCGAGUGAGUAUGAGAGAAACAGGGAUCCAGGGAAUGACCGGUUCGCGGAAAGAUGGGGUGCUGUCUAAAUGACUGCGGUGUAGAAGAUUUUUUUUCUAUAAGUUUAUAAUUAAACUUUCUGUAUACAGCACACUUAUUUAUAUUUUUAUUAAGUAUUAUCUUAAUCUACUAAUCUGCCUACAGAUUACUUUUAUUUAGUCUAUAUCUUAAAGUACAAGAUCACUCUAGGGGUGCUUUAGAGUAUCGUAACCAG